AACUCCUCCUCACAUGAACCAUCCAACCAAAAUGCAAAACCUCUUCAUCUUAAUUCUCAUCAUCUUCUUCUUAUACAAUCCAUCCGCCGCCUUAGGCGAAGGGACACUCACAGGCGGAUGGAAACCGAUUCCAGAUGUGACCGACCCUACGGUGGUGGAUAUCGCAAAGUUCGCAGUCGAUGAGCACAACAAGGAGGCCCAUGCGUCUCUCAAGUUUGUGAAAGUCGUCAAAGGAGAGAGCCAAGUGGUCUCUGGAAAGAAUUACAACCUGACGAUCAUGGCGGCGGACGGUGGCGCCAGCAAGAAUUAUGUGGCUCUUGUUUGGGACAAACCGUGGCAGAAGUUCAGGAAGCUGGUGGCGUUUAAAGGACCUGUUUGAUAUAGAAUAUGCAGGUUUUUAUGUAAUGGUUUUGGAAUGUGUAAUAGUUAUAACUAAAUAAAAGGAUGUAUAAGUGCUCCGGUUGCUGUUUUCUGUUAAAUUUUCAUGUUUUGAUUGUUUUCGAAAAGGGAAAAAUCAGAACCUGAAUUUAAUUGCAUAAAUAAAAUAUUUAGUCAAUUUCAUUUUGUUUUA